UUAUUUACUGACGAAGGAAAAACGCGAGAGUUGCGCUGUGUGUUUUCUGAUUUGACCACAACACGAGGUCAAGAGGACCAUGCUUCUGAGAUCCAAUCAAGUGCCACAAAUCAUGCCCAAAACUCUAUAACACACCCCUUUCAUGUGGGGUUUCACCGCAAGUACACGGUAUUAAAUUACGCAAGGGGAGGCCAUUCCUGGACUGGGUUGCCAGCAAAACAAAGUAGCAGCUUGGCUAGCUAAGUUGUCUACAUAUUUUACAGAAGAACCACGAUGAGUCUUAACAAAGCAGAGCUCUGCGACUCGUUACUAAACUGGUUGCAGACGUUUCAGGUGCCCUGCUGCAGUAGCAAGCAGGACCUGACCAGUGGAGUGGCCAUCGCCCAGGUGCUGCACAGAAUAGACUCCUCCUGGUUCAACGAGCCGUGGCUGGGCAGGAUCAAGGAGGAAGGCGGGGCCAACUGGCGGCUGAAGGUGAGCAACCUGAAGAAGAUCCUGCAGAGCAUGCUGGAGUAUUAUCAAGAUGUGCUGGGCCACCCGGUGUCGGACGAGCAUCUUCCGGACGUCUGCCUGAUCGGGGAGAUGGGGGACGUGGUCGAACUGGGAAAGCUUGUGCAGUUGGUGCUGGGCUGUGCCGUCAGCUGCGAGAAGAAGCAAGAGCACAUCCAGCAGAUUAUGACCCUGGAGGAGUCUGUCCAGCACGUUGUCAUGACUGCCAUCCAAGAGCUGCUGACUAAAGAAAGUGUAGAGCCAGGAAGCCCUGAGACGUAUGGAGACUUUGACUAUCAGUCUCGGAAGUACUAUUUCCUCAGCGAAGAGGCGGGGGAGAAGGAGGACCUGAGCGGGCGCUGCCGGGACCUGGAGCACCAGAUUUCGGCCCUCGUGGAGGAGAAGGCGCUGCUGGCUGCGGAGGCGCGCUCCCUGAGGGAGCGGCUGGGCCGCUGUGACCCCCAGGACGCCUCCUCCACCAUCACCGGCAAGAAGCUGCUGCUGCUGCAGAGCCAGAUGGAGCAGCUGCAGGAGGAGAACUUCAGGCUGGAGAGCGCCCGAGACGACCUGCGCACGCGGGAGGAGGCGCUGGAGAGGGAGGUGUCGGAGAUGCAGCAGCGCAACGAGGAGCUGACCAGCCUGGCGCAGGAGGCGCAGACGCUCAAGGACGAGAUGGACAUCCUGCGGCACUCCUCGGACCGCGUGAGCAGGCUGGAGGCGCUGGUGGACACGUACAAGCGCAAGCUGGAGGACCUGGGCGACCUGCGCAGGCAGGUGCGCCUGCUGGAGGAGAGGAACACGGUGUACAUGCAGCGCACCUGUGAGCUGGAGGAGGAGCUCCGGCGCGCCAACGCCAUCCGCAGCCAGCUGGACACCUACAAGAGACAGGUUCACGAGCUCCACACCAAACACUCGUCCGAGGCUCUGAAGGCUGAGAAGUGGCAGUUUGAGUACAAGAACCUGCACGACAAGUACGAGGCCCUGCAGAAGGAGAAGGAGCGCCUGAUCUCGGAGAGGGACACACUGCGGGAGAACAACGAGGAGCUGCGCUGUGCUCAGGUGCAGCAGAAGUGCCUCAGCCAAGCAGGUGGCCUGUGUGAAGAUGACUCCAGCACUGUGGGAAACCUGGCCUCUGAAAUCAUGCCCACAGAGUUCAGGGAGACGGUGGUGCGUCUGCAGAGUGAGAACCGGAUGCUGUGUGUGCAGGAGGAGAGCUACAGGCAGCAGCUGCUGGAGGUGCGCGGCCAGCUGGAGGAGUCCCAGCGCAGCCAGAACACCCUGGAGACCCAGAACAGGUUGAGUCAGCAGCAGGUGGCUGAUCUGCGCUCUCAGGUGGAGGACCUGCAGAGGGCGCUCCAGGAGCAGGGCAGCAAAGCCGAGGAUGCCAUCUCGUCCCUGCUGAAAAAGAAGCUGGAGGAGCAUCUGGAGAAGCUGCACGAGGCUCACUCGGACCUGCAGAAGAAGAAGGAGUACAUCGACGACCUGGAGCCCAAAGCGGACGGCAACAUGGCGAAGAAGAUUGACGAGCUGCAGGAGAUCCUGAAGAAGAAGGACGAGGACAUGAAGCAGAUGGAGGAGCGCUACAAGCGCUACGUGGAGAAGGCGCGCACGGUGAUAAAGACGCUGGACCCCAAACAGCAGUCCCCUUCCUUGUCGCCUGAGCUGCUCACCCUGAAGAACCAGCUGAGUGAGAAGGAGCGCAAGAUCCAGCACCUGGAGCACGACUACGAGAAGUCCAAGUCCAGACACGAGCAGGAGGAGAAGCUCAUCAUCAGUGCCUGGUACAACAUGGGCAUGGCUCUGCACCAGAAGGUGGCGGGUGAAAGGUCGGGGUCGCCGGGCCAGGCGCAGUCCUUCCUGGCCCUGCAGAGGCAGUCCUCCCAGGCCAGGAAGGGCCUGACCUCCAGACUGCAGCCCAGAUAAGAGCCGGCCCCUCUCCAGGACCCAGGACCCAGGACCCAGAAUAGGAAGCGCCUUACGGACUGAGUGCAGUACACUGGGAAUGAAAGGUGGCACAGUAUCCACGUCUGUGUAGGCCAUUUUCUCCUCUCUGCUCUCUGGUGCCCCCUGGUGUUCAUCAGUAUUUUCUAGCGAUCUCUGCUCUCCUCUCAGUUUUUAUUUUUUCCAGGCAGGGUACUGCCUCCCUCUACAGGCCUGUGCUGGUACUGGCAGUGAUCGAUUCCUGCAGGAGCUUUUUGACACUUCAGUGCUGGUCACGAACGCAGAAAACAAACACACGCUCAUCUCCAGCUGCAGGAUUUUUAUUCGCUGUUUUUUAAUAAGAUACAUUUAUACGAUCAGGAAUAUUUCACGAGCACAGAUUAUUCGAAUUUAAUCUUAUUUUCUGUGCAUGUUUUUUGAUUUGAUCUUUUUAAACUGUAAAUAGUUUUUAUUGUAGUAUUACUGGAAAUUUAAUAGCUGUGGUUUGAAAGGCCCCCCAUAGCGGAGUUGGGUUGGAGAUUUUUCCUUUUACAACACUAGAGAGACCGAACAGAAAGGCCUUAAUGUUGGGGAAGAGAAAUUACACAUUGAUUCAUCACGACUGAUGGGAAGGACAUGUUGACUGCUGUUCUUCAAGUCUAUUUCUAUCAAAGUAAUUGCAUUUUCGUUUGUAAUUUAGAAUAGCGUAAAUGGUGAUUACACUGAUCUGACGUAGAGAAAAAUGAUCGUUUCCUGUUUGGAGCUAAAUGGUGGUGAGACCGCUACUACACAAGUUUGAAGAAAACAAUGCCUGCGGCGUAGAAUACACUUCAACUGGAGAACAACAACCUUAAUUUAGACACGGCACUCAGCCAGGGCGUCGUUUCUAAAAGGCUAAAUGAUGUGGUCUUUUGGUAUUUUAUUUGCUCAGUUUAAAUUGUGCAUUGCUAUUGAUUUUACUGUCGAGCGCUAUGUUGGUCAUUCUUAUUUGACUGAUGUGGCAUGUGAUGGUGUCUGUUUCUCUCUGAUAGUCUUACUGGGCUGUCUGAACAAAAUGGUGCACUGGACUUCAAAGAAUAUUUAAAAAUCCUAAAGUGGGAUUGAACUCUGCUGGUUGGUCUGUUCUGCUGUCCAUCAUGUAGACUUUGGGUCUUCUUUUCCUAUGUUCUUAUGUGUGCUCUCUUGUCUUUUUGCUGUGGUCAUAUACACAGUGUUUGUCUUGUAAAACUUGUUGAAGCGUACAGCUGAAAAAUGCUGGUGAAACUUCUCAACAAAAAAAAAAAACAAGAAAAAAAAAAACAAAAACAAAGAUCUGUAACCCUGAACACUUUCAUCUAGUCGAUAAUGAUUCUUCAUCAUGACCAGGGUUAUGAAUUUUAUUUUUUAUUGACAUUUUGUAUUUUUAUUUUUAAUGUGCACUUUCUACAUGCACCCAGCUGAAAUAUUAAACUGAAAUCCAAGCUGCUUAGUGGACAAAACCGGUAGUGCACAGACCUGCACACUGACUGAGACCUCCGUGCAUCUCCUGCAGCACUACAUUAUGUGUGUGGCGCUCUGGCACUAAAGUGUGUGUGGUACACAGAUAAGUCUCUGUCCAUCUGUACAUAUUUUGCACUUCUUUGAGUGAUCGGUAAAUCCCCGUGUUAAACAGAGGGCACUUUUAACUUGAUCUAAUGGUGAGAUGUGCUUUUAUGACACCCAACACUUUUUCCCAAGCUACGUCGAUAAUUUGCACACUUGAUGCAUCAAUUUGACUAAAUUAAAUGCAUGAUGGUACUUUCCUUAUGUAUGGUACACCUGACCGUUUGAAAUGUGAAUGUAUAUGUACAACACUGGAUCAAAAUCUGGUCUACGUUCUUAAGAGAAUGCUUUUUUUUUAUUGUAUUACACUACCUGUGAGACUACAGAUCGACAAUAUGUAUAGGUGCUAUGUUAAUUAAUGCUGGGUUUGGUAGCAAAUACACUGAAACUAACAUUUUUUUAAACCCAUGUUGUACCUCUAAACACAUGGAUAAAUGCCUCAUCCCAACAUCCAUUGUGUGAAUUUUUUUUAUGAUUCUUUGGGAAAUUUGAAAAUCAUCAAAGAUGCCUAGCUUUGUUCAGACCUAAAUUGUGGGUUUCUGUAAAAUUCGGAUUCUUUUCUGGACUGAAAUACACAAACGCCUCUUACCAAGUCCUGAAACCUGAUCAGCUGUGAAAAAAUAUUGUAUACGGUGUGUCUUGUAAAAUUAUUUGUCCUUCCAUGUGAUGCUUGUUGAAGUCAUUGGUUUCCAGUCCCAAUCGCAGAAACCCAUUAGUGAAUGUAUACGAGUGAGCUUCAGAGAACAUGGCAACACGUGGACGUCAUACACUUAUUUUCUCAAGUGCUAGAUAAAGUGUUUCUUAUAUUUGCACCCAUUGAUUUUGGUUACUAGCUGUGCUAAUGGUUUAAUUUUUAUUUUCAAACUGCAGCUCAAACUCGAUGCUUGAGUGUGCCUACUAACGGACCAUAUUGUCUCUGUGUGUGUGAAACGGAUUAACUUAACACUGUUUUAGCUUUGUUUUGGUAAGAAACCCAUGUUUAGUAUAUAAGUGUACUUCUGUAUCCAAACCUAUUUCUACAAGGACUAGGGGUUGAUAGGGGUUUGUGUGAAUUUCUGUUCCGUACAUUUCUGACUUUAAUUUGUUUUUAUUUUUAAAAUUGGUUAUCCAGAAUAGAGGGGGGGGGGGGUCAUGUGUAGAUUAUAGGUUAAAAGUUAGUCCGUCUGUUUUGUCUCUUGCACUACAAAUAAAACAGACAUUGGGUACCAGA